GACGCAUAGAGCGAAUACAAGAAGUGUGACGGGGUCACUGGAGCCAGCCACCAACAUCGUAAGGGGGAAGAGUCGUGUUGCAACUAUUUGCUACCAAACACCCUGUUUGUAUUAGUGGGACACCCCAGCCAACUGGGCAUAAGCCGAGGGAAUUGGCCCCGGACGGGAGGGAAACAGCCCCGACUGCCAGAAAAGCUAAUUCCUCCAGUUCGAGGAUGUGAAGUGCCCCAGAGAGCCAGGGAGCCUCCAGCCAGCCCCACCCUGCUCUCCAUUGGAGACAGAUGGAGCGUGAGGAAGAGCUGGUUCCAGCGGAAAGUUGGAGCUGCGGCAGACGGGGGAGCCGGACAGCAUCCUACGUGGCAUGGCCCUGGAUCUGCAGCUCCGCAGCUGGCUCUGGGCAGUCCUGUGCCUCCAGCUCCCUGUGGGGGCUGCAUCCCGAUGGCACCCAGGAGGGCCUAUGGACAGUGCUGGUGUGGGCCGUGUUCCCCUGGAGCCCGAGCCGCCGGACCUGAUGUUUGAGUUCCUGUGGUCAGGGCUGGAGCUGGAUGCUCUGGGACAGUUCCACCUCCAGGACGAGGAGCUGGCAUCGACGCGCCCCGGCCGCCGGCUCGGCUUUUCCCUCCGGCAUUGGGUCCCCGGCACCUUGGCGGGCACCGAGCAGCGGCUGGGGUACUGGCACCAGGCCGCCCCUCUGAGCCCCGCAGACUUCCAAGGGCUGCUGCUCACCGGCGUGUCCUGUGUCUAUCGCCUCCACGCCGCCGGCGAGGGCGAAGAGAGGGCUCGUUGGGCCCAGCUCUUCUCUCGUGUGGCCCAGGAAGUGCUCCAGGACCUGUGCAAGGACCACUGCCCCCGGGGCCAGAUCCCCUUGCUGAGUCCUUGGGCCUUCCCCGGUGACCCGGGACCCCAACAACGCUCCAGCCCCUGAGCCCUGGCACUGGGCAGUGGGCAUCCCCUGCUUUCUGCCGGCUCACUCCCCUAGCUCACCCUCGGGGGCUCAGCUUCUCUCUCCGCUCUUGCCCCUUUCUCAGACCUGUAGUCCCGGGAAGCCCAGGGGGAAUCACUGGGCCACUCGGGGCCUCAGCCUCCUCACCUGUAAAGUGAGAAUUCUAAUGUGCCUGUCAGCUCUAAAUCCUGGUGUGUGUAAAUAUGGAUACCUAGACAUAUACGUGUGUGUGUAUAUAUAAAAUCACUUACAUAAACAUGUCCAUAUCAUAUGCAUGUAUAGGUACAUGUGCCCAUGUAGACACACACACACACAUUAUUUCUAUGGAUGGAGGGGUCACAGAAAUGAAAGGAGCAGCCCUUCCCAAGAGCCGUUACAGAGAGAUCAGGAAACAUGGUGAACCCACCUUGAGGGGGACAUUAGGAGGGACCCGGCCUACUGGCAGAGCUAGGGAUAGAAAAAGAAAACUUUUCCCGCCCCUCAACUUGACCUUGACUUUCAGUUCUACAGGUUGGCCAUAAGCCCAACUCCCAAUCCCGUAACUUACUGAAAAAAAUGUUCAGCAAUAAAAUGAAGUGAAGAAGGUUUGGAGGAAGGAGCCAGGAAGCUGCUGCCUGUGCCUAAGAGCUACCCGGGAACAAUGAGGGGGGACAGUGCUCUGGCUAUCCCCGCCAUCUUAACCAGAGACCAGCCCGCCCUCAUGGGAGAGCCAAGUGCCAGUCAAGGCAAUCUCUUCUUGUGGCUCAACUGGUUAUUGCAAAGUCCUGGGUUAAUUCACAGAGGUUGGACCCCCUAAGGAGGCAGGAACUGAGCUGUAAUGGCGGUGGGGGAGGAAGGGGCUGGACUGAUGUUCCUUUCAAGAAUCUCAGAUGGGAUUCAAGCAUUGGGAGGAGCGGAAAAUGGACCACUGGGCUCUCCCAGCCUGCCCCCUCCUUCCUGCCCCCCAGACUCCCCACGACCUAGGCUCCAGAGCAACCCUGACUGUCUGGGCCAAUCUUGCCUUAAAACACGGCCCAUCUGCUCCCUGGUGAUGGUCUGCCGGGGCCAGGGGUCAUGUCAGUUCCUCCCGGUGCAGGUUCAUCCAUGUGGGAACAAGGCAGACAUGGGGAAGCUCACCUCCUCCCUGGCCCUGACAAGGAAUUAGGGUGGGCCCGGGGUUGGACGGUGGGUUCCUGAGGGGCCCUAACAACCCGGAAGGAGGGCGGGGACGGGGCCCACCCUCCCAUGAGGAUAGCUAAGGAGAUUCACCAAGGAGAGUCCAUGAGCAGCAAGGGGUGGGGAGAGAAGGUCUGGAGGGGAGUCGGGUGACAAGAGCCUCCCUCUGGGGAGAGGGCAUGAUUUCCCCCCAGGGAAUCAUGGGGAAGUCGAGGCAGACGGGAAGGGAAGGUGGGCACGGGGGCGGAGAAGGCCCCACCAGCAUCUUUACUCCCUUUUCUUCCGUCAGGGACUGCCCACUCCAGCCCUCCGGCCUCCAGAACCAGCGUUCUCUCCUCCUUAGUCCCACUCCCUCCCCCGAAGAACCCCUCUUUCCCUCUCCGAGGCCCCGUCUGUAGAUACCAGAGCAGAGUCUGGUUUUUUUCAUGCUUGUCUAGCACCGUUCCCGGUGCUUAAUAAAUGCUUAUUGGCGAAGUGAUUUUCCCGGAUUUCACGGUGUUGCCUUCUUCCCCUCUUCCUCCCCUCCCCUCUUCCUCC